UUACUAUCUCCAAGAUUCUCAGACAAGUAUUCAAGACCAUGGCUUUUUCUCCAUCAGAGUUUCGUCCUUUUACACUAGAAAAGAUUAUGCGCAUUAACCAUAAUGUCUCACUCUUCCGCUUUAAACUUCCCAAUUCAACCGACGUUGCAGGGUUACCUGUUGCCUCCUGUGUGCUUUUUAGAAGCUAUAUCACAAAAGAUGGCAAGAACGAAGAAGUUGUUCGUCCAUACACACCUACCUCAGUAGAAGCUGCUGCAGGACACGUUGACUUUGUUAUCAAGGACUAUCCUCAAGGUAACAUGAGCCGUCACGUUCACUCGCUCAAAGUAGGCGAUACCAUCGACAUCAAGGGACCCUUUGAAAAAUAUAGAUGGGAAAAUAAGCCAGUGGAGUACGUUGGCAUGGUUGCAGGUGGUACUGGCAUCACACCUAUGCUGCAAUUGUUACGCAAAAUAUUUAGCACUGAAUCGCCUUAUAAGAACACCAAGGUCACAUUGCUCUUUGGUAAUCAAGAAGAACGCGAUAUAUUGUUUAGAGAUGAGUUAGAAGGUUAUCAGAGGGACUAUCCUGACCGCUUCAAGGUGAUUCAUGUCCUCGAGCGUGCUCCUGAAAACUGGUUAGGCCCAAAGGGUUUUAUCACUCAAGACUUGAUCCAACAGUCUUUCCACCGUCCUGAUGUAGAAGAUUCAAUCAUCUUUGUCUGUGGUCCUCCUCCUCUGAUGGAAGCCAUCAGUGGUGACAAGAACCCUGAUAAAAGCCAAGGCACCUUGAGAGGUUUCUUGAAAAGUCUUGGUUACAUUCAAGACCGUGUUUACAAGAUGUAAAGUUGUUCAGUCUUCAGCAUUUUAUUUUUUUACUGAAUACAAAAUAUACAAAGCUAAUA